AUGGAGCAAGCAGCUCUGUUCUCUUCGUUGGAGCACGCCACAUUAUUUGCAAGAGACUUAUGGUUCAACAAGUUACCUAUUAACUUAUGGCUAGAUGCAUUCGCUGUACAUAUGCACAUAGGUGAAGUUGUUAAUAAAGCGUCUGGAUCAAUUUUGAAGGAAUUGGCUCAAUUCAAACCAAAGUACCACAAGAAGUUUGGCUUUGGAUUCAUAACAAGUACAGACAAGAGACUAUUGUACCAAAUACCAGAGGAGGUGAAGGCACACUAUGAGAAUACUCUUAUUGUUGAACUUGAUAUUGUCUCGGGAGAAAUUCAUUCUUAUAGAAAGAAAACGUGCCCGACUCUAGGAACGUCUAUAUCGGGACAAGAUUUAAGAGACAACAGAAAAAAUAGGAGAGAUAGUUUAAGCUUUAAUGCAGGAAGAAGACGUUGGGCCCGACGAUAG